ACUGAAGAAACCGGAGAGACGGCAAGCAAAGUAACACAGAUUUGGGUCUCCCGGACACAAAAUCCCCAUUUAGAUCACUGCCUAACCCUAGAAAUACAAAUCCUUCCUUUAGAUCUUGAGAUACCAAUCUAAUUGAUUGCCGAUCGAAUCAAAAUGGCUACAUCAGCGUGCGUUAAGGAAGUGAAUAGAUCGGCAUCGGUGGCGUUUGCCCCCGAUGCGCCAUGCCUUGCCGCCGGAACUAUGGCCGGAGCCGUAGACAUGUCGUUUAGUUCUUCUGCGAAUCUUGAAAUCUACAAGCUUGAUUUCCAAUCUGACGAUCGUAACCUUCCGUUAUCUGGAGCCAUACCCAGUUCAGAACCGUUUAAUCGGUUGUCGUGGGGCAAAUCACCGUCAUCUGGUUCGGAAGAAUUCUCACUCGGUCUCAUUGCCGGUGGCCUUGUAGAUGGCAACAUCGGUAUCUGGAACCCUCGCUUACUUAUGAGUUCGGAGGAAAGUGAAAAUGCUCUUGUUCAACAACUAUCAAGACACAAGGGGCCUGUUCGUGGUCUAGAGUUUAGUUCUCUUUCACCAAACCAUCUCGCUUCUGGUGCUGAAGGAGGUGAAAUUUGUAUAUGGGAUUUUGCUAAACCAACAGAGCCUACACAUUUUCCUCCUCUCAAGGGCAGCGAGUCUGUGACGCAUGGAGAAAUAUCAUUUUUAUCAUGGAAUAAGAAGGUCCAGCCUAUCUUGGCAUCAACUUCUUUUCAUGGAGCAACUGUGGUUUGGGACCUUAGGAAGCAAAAGCCAAUUAUAAGUUUCUCAGAUUCGGUUAGAAGAAGAUGUUCAGUUUUGCAAUGGCAUCCUGAUUUUGCCACUCAGCUUAUUGUUGCUUCAGAUGAUGAUAGUUCACCUUCUUUAAGGCUAUGGGAUAUGCGGAACACAAUGUCACCCUUGCGAGAGUUAGUUGGUCAUACUAAAGGUGUUGUUGCAAUGUCAUGGUGUCCCAAUGAUAGCUCCUAUUUGCUUACUUGUGCCAAAGACAACCGCACUAUUUGCUGGGACAUUAAUUCAGCUGAGAUUGUCUCUGAACUUCCAGCUGGAUCCAAUUGGAAUUUUGAUGUGCACUGGUAUCCGAAGCUACCUGGGGUCAUAUCGGCAUCUUCAUUUGAUGGAAAAAUUGGUAUUUAUAACAUUGAGGCUUGUGCUCGAUAUGGUGCUGGUGACGGUUACUUUGGCUCAGCACAUUUAAGAGCCCCAAAAUGGUACCAACGCAGAGCUGGAGUCUCUUUUGGUUUUGGUGGAAAACUUGUUUCUUUUCAUGCAACUGGUUCUUCAUCUGGAGCUUCAGAGGUUGAUGUGCAUGACUUGGUUACUGAACAUAGUUUAGUUGGCACCUCAUCUGAAAUUGAAGCUGCGAUGCGUAGUGGAGAGAGAUCUUCGUUGAGGCUUUUGUGUGACAAAAAAACUCAAGAGUCUGAAUCUGAAGAUGACAGAGAAAUAUGGGGAUUUUUGAAGGUUAUGUUCGAAGAUGAUGGAACAGCAAGGACAAAGCUCUUAAAUCACCUUGGCUUCAGUUUACCUCCAGAACUAAAUGAUACAGUACAAAAUGAUCUGGUUCAGGAUGUAAGUUCUCUCAGUCUUGACAAAAAUGAAGAAGCUAAAGAAGGAUAUAUGGAGCACAACCAGACAUUCAACUACCCGUCUGAUAACGGCGAAGAUUUCUUUAACAAUUUUCCAAGUCCUAAAGCUGACACACCUGUGUCAACUUCUCAUAAUAACUUUGCUAUUGAAGAAUCUGUUCCAGCUGUGGAAGACCCAACAAAAGGAAGUGAUUUACAAGAGGGAAGUGCUGACCCUUCAUUUGAUGAUGCUAUUCAACGUGCAUUGGUUGUUGGGGAUUACAAGGGAGCUGUUGCCCAGUGCAUAGCUGCAAAUAAGAUGGCAGAUGCUUUAGUUAUCGCGCAGGUUGGUGAUGCUUCCUUGUGGGAGAGCACACGUGAUCAAUACCUUAAAAAGAAUGCUUCCCCAUACUUGAAGAUUGUUGCUGCAAUGGUAAAUAAUGACCUUGUUAGCCUAGUAAAUAUCAGGCCCCUGAAAUCUUGGAAAGAAACUCUUGCUCUCCUCUGCACUUUUGCACAGAGAGAUGAGUGGACUUUACUAUGUGACACCCUUGCUUCGAGACUCAUGGCUGCUGAUAAUACAUUGGCGGCAACUCUUUGUUAUAUAUGUUCAGGGAAUAUUGAUAGAACUGUAGAGAUCUGGUCAAAGAAGGUUACAGCCGAGCAUGAAGGGAAGUCCUAUGUUGAUCUUCUUCAGGAUUUAAUGGAGAAAACUGUUGUCCUUGCUUUAGCAACUGGGCAAAAGAGAUUCAGUGCUUCUUUAUGCAAACUUGUUGAGAAGUAUGCUGAGAUAUUAGCAAGUCAAGGACUUCUAUCAACAGCCAUGGAAUAUUUGAAGCUAAUGGGCACUGAAGACCUGUCUCCAGAAUUCGUGGUCUUACGAGAUCGGAUAGCACUCUCAUCUGAACCCGGGAAGAUACCUAAUGUUUUGCACAUGGGUAUACUGGAACAAAAUGCAACUGUCUCUACAGAUUUUGGUUACUCUCAAACACAUACGGGAGCUGUAUAUGGUGCAAACCAACAAACUAAUUCUGCUGUGGAGCCCCUUCAAAGCUAUUAUCAGGAUGAGAAGCUUUAUCGUCAGGAACAGUAUCAACCACAACCUGGGCCUUCAUACAAUAAUCAAUAUGAACAGCCACAACGUAGCAUGUUUGUUCCAUCACCUGCAGCUCCCAGUCCUCCAAUGGGCUUCAAUCAACCUCCAGUCGCAACUCAAGCUGCUGCAAGACCCUUUGUUCCUAUGACACCUCCAAUUAUGAGAAACGCUGAUCAAUACCAGCAGCCCCCCACCUUGGGUUCUCAGUUAUAUCCUGAUGCUUACCAGUCUCAGGUGAAUGCCAGCUCCAAUUAUCAAGCAGGACCACCAGGGACUGUUUCUCUUGGCCCUGUCCCAUCUCCAAUGGUUCCUACUACUGGUCCGAAGUUACCACAUGAUGUGAGCCCCACACCACCUGUAAGAGGAUUCAUGCCGAUCAAUAAUACACCAAUGCAAAGAACAACUUCAGGUCAAAUGCCACCCAACAGUGCUACAGAAUCUGCGGCACCUGUUGCAGCCCCUCUUCCAACAGUACAGACUGCUGACACAUCGAAUGUACCUGCCCAGCAAAGGGCAGUUAUUGGAACAUUGACUAGACUCUUCAACGAGACAUCAGAAGCAUUGGGAGGUUCGCAUGCAGUUCCAGCAAAGAAGCGGGAGAUCGAUGACAACUCAAAGAAAAUAGGUGCUUUGUUUGCCAAACUAAACAAUGGUGAUAUUUCCAAAAAUGCUGCUGAAAAGCUUGUUCAGCUCUGUCAAGCAUUGGAUCGUGGCGACUUCCCUACCGCCCUCAAAAUCCAGGUAGAUCUCACAACCAGUGACUGGGACGAGUGCAGCUUCUGGUUAGCAACGCUGAAACGAAUGAUCAGGAUUAGGCAGAAUGCAAGGUGAACGAGAGCCCUCUACGUUUAUCAACAACCAUAAUGCCAUUCAACAUCACUGCCUAAUUUGGGUUAGACCUGUCUGUCUUUGUACACAAGAACGUAUUGCUUUACACCACAAUAUUGCUCAUUCGGGUUAUUUUCUUUUUAAAAGAUUAAUUAAUUAUGACGUUUUGGAAGCGGUUAAAGAAGUUAGAUGAGAGAGUUUUAAGAGACUUGUGUUUUUUGUUUGUGUAUUGAAAUAGAUUUGGUUUUCUUGAUUAGCAGAAAGAAAGAUGUGAAAAGUUUUGAAGGAUUAGUUUUUAUUCAACUCCAUUGUAUCU